AGGACUUGCGCGCUUUAGAAGAAACACGGGACGUUUGUGGAUCAAAAUAAGUUCGAAGGCGACUUUUUUUUGAAGUAGUUGCGAUAAGCAGUGACUUAUCUAUCCGAAUGCUUCUUAUGGACAUGCGCAUGCGCUGGAGAAAAGUGGAUUUAAAAAAUCUUCGGCUCUGUACUGAUCUGUUAAUGAAACUUACGCCGUGAAGGGCCUCUUCUUGGCCUUGGACCCUCACAGCUGAUGGAAGUCUUGGAGGAAUAUCUUUACAAUGAUAGCUUCUUCAAAAAUAGCCUCAGUGGCCUCAACACUACAGAUGGAGGCAGAAGACAUCAGUACAAUUAUUACGCCAUGCUACUCACACUGCUCAUUUUUGUUAUUGUCUUCGGAAAUGUACUCGUGUGCAUGGCCGUGUCCAGAGAGAAAGCUUUACAGACCACAACCAACUACCUGAUAGUGAGCUUGGCUGUGGCUGACCUGCUGGUGGCGACUCUGGUUAUGCCUUGGGUGGUAUAUCUUGAGGUGGUGGGAGAAUGGAGAUUUAGCACAAUCCACUGUGACAUCUUUGUCACGCUUGAUGUUAUGAUGUGCACAGCAAGCAUCCUUAAUCUUUGUGCCAUUAGUAUUGAUAGGUAUACAGCAGUUGCCAUGCCAAUGUUGUAUAAUACACGCUACAGCUCCAAGAGGAGAGUCACAGUCAUGAUCUCAGUAGUGUGGAUACUGUCCUUUGCCAUUUCAUGCCCCCUGCUGUUUGGACUCAAUAACACAGAGAGCCACGAUGAAGCUCUCUGUGUAAUCGCGAACCCUGCCUUUGUAGUCUACUCUUCUGUUGUGUCCUUCUACGUUCCAUUCAUCAUCACCCUGCUCGUGUACGUGCAGAUCUACGUAGUGCUACGUAGACGGCGUAAACGUGUCAGCACAAAGCGCACCUACCCAAGCAGCAACAUGGACAUGGGCACUUUAAAGAAAUGCACUCACCCUGAUGAUGUGAAGCUGUGCACCGUCGCUGUGAAGUCCAAUGGGAAUUUUCCUGUUCAUAACAAAAAUAUUUUCAUAAAGGAUGUGGCCAAUAAUGAAAAUGAAAGCCAAAUAGAGGAAAUUACAAACCUUAAUCCUCCAAAACAGAGGACACUUGAGCAGACCGGUGAGAGUCAGCAUGGGCUUCUGCUUGGUUCAAACCACACUGAAGUAGAUAUAGCACCCUCCACACCUGAGCUAAAGCCAGCACGGAAUGGAAAGACCUACGACGCCUCCAAAAUAGCUAAAGUGUUUGAGACACAGGUGUCUCCCAGUGGCAAAAUGCAGACAUCAGUGAAGUCCAUAAGCAAGCGCAAAAUCUCUCAGCAGAAAGAGAAGAAAGCUACUCAGAUGUUGGCCAUUGUACUCGGUGUGUUCAUUAUAUGCUGGCUGCCAUUCUUCAUCACGCACAUAGUGAAUACGUACUGUCACGUCCCAGCAGAACUCUACACAGCUUUUACCUGGCUUGGUUACGUCAACAGCGCAGUGAACCCCAUCAUAUACACCACCUUCAAUAUUGAAUUCCGCAAGGCUUUCAUUAAGAUCCUGCACUGCUGAGAGCGGACUUAUCCAGACGUGAAGAAAGACAUCAUUCCUAAAGACUGUUCUAAAAGGAGACUGAACUUGAAGGAGACUUCUGGAAAUGACACCAAUGUACAUAUGCAGUUCAGGAUGUAUUAUUAACCCAAGCAGUUCUCCAAGUUUCAUCUCAUGCAACAAUAAGAAAUGUUUGGAUAAUUGCUACAGAAGUGUUUUUCAGUAUACCAUUGACAGUA